GACCCCUGGCCACUGAGAACAGGAUGAGGAACUAGAAUAUUCAGGUGGAAAACCUCAGGUACAGAGGCUGAAUGCUGCACUCCAGGACUUUCCAUUUCCCUCUCUGAACUCACCCCAGACCCCUCAACAUUGCCCCUCUUUUGCACCCUCCUUGAGUGGCAUCUGCCUGGCUGGAAUGUGUGGCUGUGUGCAGGAGCCAGCCUACUUGUCGAAUGGGAAAGUUUGCAUUUGCUUUCCAUUUUGGUCUCUGGGCCCCAGAAUGUUUCACAGAAAGGAAUGUGGCCCUAAAGGUGAAAAGGAUUUCCAAUUCAAGGGGACAUGCCAAAUGUGAUCCAGGAAAAUGUUGAAUGUUGAUGAUAUCUUAUUUUCUCUUUAGUUUUCGUUUAGCUCCUGAGCAUCCGUAUCCAGUCCCAGUUCUGGACAGUUUAACUGCUGUAAUACACUUUCUGAAAAAUGCCAAGGAAUAUGGAGUGGACCCCAGCCGUAUUGCCAUUGUUGGGGAGAGUAGCGGAGGCACUUUUGCUACUGCCAUUUGUCAAGAACUGGUGACCAGAGAGGACCUCCCAAGAGUGCGAGCUCAGGUCCUCAUUUACCCAUUCCUCCAAGGAAUGGACUUCAAUUUGCCAUCCUAUCAGCAAAACCAUUCAAUUCCUCCCUUGUUCCGGAAAAGAGCUGCCAAAUUUGGUUUCGCAUAUCUCACUGGGAAGACAAUCAAUGUACCAGUAGAUGGAAUUCUGAAAGGCGCCCAUGUCCCUCCUGUUUUGAGAGAGAAAUACAAAAAAUGGAUCAGUGCUGAUAACAUUCCAGAAGAAUUUAAAGCUAGGGGUUAUGUUCCUGUAGCGCCUGCUCCAUUUUCAGAAGACCUUUAUGAACAAGUUAAAAGAGGCGCUGAGACAAUGUUUUCCCCCCUUCUAGCAGAGGACGACAUAAUCCGCCAGCUCCCAGAGACUUUCAUUCUAACCUGUGAGUAUGAUGUUCUCCGGGAUGAUGGGCUGUUGUACAAGAAGCGUCUAGAGGACAACGGUGUGCCAGUGACAUAUCAUCAUCUUCCAGAUGGAUUGCAUGGAAUAUUGGGCCUUGUUGGUUUGGGGCCACUUGAAUUUCCGAGCUCAAAGAAAUGUAUGCAGGAUGUAGUAGAGUUCUUAAAAGGUUUAUAGAAAUGAAUGACCUUCUUUGUCUUCCAAUGGCAGUCUUCCCCUUCUGUGGGGGGGAAUUUUAUUCCUCAUUGUGCCAAUCCCAAAGUAAAAAGAAAAUCUCAGUUUUUGUUGUUGCUUAGCUGUUUAGUCGUGUCUGACUCUUCGUGACCCCAUGGACCAGAGCACGCCAGGCACUCCUGUCUUCCACUGCCUCCCGCAGUUUCGUCAAACUCAUGUUCGUAGCUUCGAGAACACUGUCCAACCAUCUCAUCCUCUGUCGUCCCCUUCUCCUUGUGCCCUCAAUCUUUCCCAACAUCAGGGUCUUUUCCAGGGCGUCUUCUCUUCUCAUGAGGUGGCCAAAGUAUUGGAGCCUCAGCUUCAUGAUCUGUCCUUCCAAAGUUUUACUCAGUCUAAUUUGUUAGAAUCACCUUGGGCUCCGUAAGUAGGUAAGCAAAGCCCUGUUGGAUCAGGCCAUUGCCCCACUUUGUCCAUAAUCCUACUCUCACAAAGACCAAGCAGAUGCCUCUUGAGAUACCCACAAACAGAACCUGGAUGCAAGAGAAGUUUCCCUGCUUAUAAUUCCUAGCAAGCGGCAUUAAUACUGCAUGCAGUAGUGGAGGGAAAACAUACCCAUAGCCUCCUCUUUGAAUUGGCCUAAUCCUCUGUUAAAACCGUCCAAAUGAGUCACCAACAUUACCUGUUGUGUUUGCUAAUUCCACUGAAUAACUUUAGUGCCAGAAUAACUGGAAUAUAUACAGUCAUACCUCGGUUUAAGUACGCCUCGGUUUGAGUAUUUUCAGUUUAAGUACUCCGUGGACCUGUCUGGAACGGAUUAAUCCACUUUCCAUUACUUUCAAUGGGAAAGUUGGCUUCAGGUUAAGUACGCUUCAGGUUAAGUAAAGACUUCCGGAACUGUAAGGGGGAGAGAGUACAGAGUACCUCCCUCUAUUAUCAAGAGCAGCCCCUCCCUGAGCAGCGAAGGAAGCACAGGCUCGGGGGAGGCUAGUAAGGACACGGAGAGAGAGUGCCAGGGCUCAGGCAGGAUGAAAGAGUUCAGACUCCACAGGCGGGAAGAGAGAGUAGGGGAAAAGGGGGAGAGGGAAAACAUGGAACGCAGACCCUUUCCUCCGGUUCCGGAAUUACAAAAGAGAAGAAAGGGGAGGAGAUUCAGUGUCCCGCUACUUUUAUGUUGGGGGCGUUCGCGCCGGGGGGCACUUCCGGAUUCUGCAUCGGAGUAAGAAGACAUGUUUCUACACCUAGCUCACUGUAAAUAGAGGCACCAAUAAACACAUUGUGGAAAAGUGACAUGAGGAGCGUCGUUACUCUAGAGUAGUCGCA